AUGGAUGGGGUGGGGGGUGGAGUAGGGGGCCCUGCCGCUGGUUCCACAGCCGCCGGUUCCGGCUCUGACUCCCGGCCCAUCACCCGCAGCGGAGACUCCAAGCGCCGCAGCAAGACCAGCCUCCCGUCGCCCGGCUACCGCCUAUCGCAGGCCUCGCUGGAGGGCGAAAGGGCGGAUCCUGGGGCUGGGCCCGUGCCCGGUCGUAGCGGUGGCCGUCGCCUGUCAAUCAUGUCGUCCUCGGCCCGCGACCGAGACGGCCUGCCCUUCCGCCCCGGCACUGCCGGGGGCACCCCCACCACGCCCAUCCCGCUGCCCCCUCCCCCAGCCCCCUCCGGGUCGACCCCGGCCGCGGCGCCUACCCCGUCCUCGGCCCCCGGCACCGUGCAACGCUCCGUGGGCUUCGCCUCGCGGGCCGCCCUGGCAUCCACCUCCUCUGCGGGCACGGCCACUGGGAUCAUGGUGGUAGCCGCGGGGCCCGACACCACCACCACCACCGCGGCCGGGACCCCUGAUGCCGUCCUGGGGGGCCUGGGGGGCAUCAUGGGGGGGCUGGACGGGGAGGACUACUCCUACUCCAACCAGUCCACCUUCAUCCAGAGGCAGUUCGGGGCCAUGCUGCAGCCCGGGGUCAACAAGUUCUCGCUGCGCAUGUUCGGCAGCCACAAGGCCGUGGCUCUGGAGCAGGAGAGGCUCAAGUCGGCCGGAGCCUGGAUUAUACAUCCAUACAGUGACUUCAGGUUCUAUUGGGAUCUCCUGAUGUUGUGUUUGAUGAUGGGCAACUUGAUCGUAUUGCCAGUGGGCAUCACCUUCUUCAAGGAGGAGAAUACUCCUUCAUGGAUCAUCUUCAACGUGCUCUCAGACACUCUGUUCCUUGUGGACCUCGUCCUCAACUUCCGUACCGGCAUCGUCAAGGAGGACAACACGGAGAUCCUGCUGGACCCGCGGGCCAUCCGCCAGAAGUACCUGCGCAGCUGGUUCCUGGUGGACUUCAUCUCCUCCAUCCCGGUGGACUACAUCUUCCUCAUGGUGGACCUGGAGGCCCAGCUGCACGGCUCCGAGGUCUACCGCACGGCUCGGGCUCUGCGCAUCGUGCGCUUCACCAAGAUACUCAGCCUGCUGCGCCUGCUCAGGCUCUCCAGACUCAUACGAUACAUACACCAGUGGGAGGAGAUCUUCCACAUGACGUAUGACCUGGCCAGUGCCAUGGUGCGCAUAGUGAACCUGAUCGGCAUGAUGCUGCUGCUGUGCCACUGGGACGGCUGCCUCCAGUUCCUGGUGCCCAUGCUGCAGGACUUCCCCCCGGACUGCUGGGUCGCCAAGAACGACAUGGUGAAUGACACGUGGGGUGUGCAGUACUCCUAUGCCCUCUUCAAGGCCAUGAGCCACAUGCUGUGUAUCGGCUACGGUGCCCAGGCCCCCGAGGGCAUGACGGACGUCUGGCUCACCAUGCUCUCCAUGAUCGUGGGCGCCACCUGCUACGCCAUGUUCAUCGGCCACGCCACCGCCCUCAUCCAGAGCCUGGACUCCUCGCGCAGACAGUACCAGGAGAAGUAUAAGCAGGUGGAGCAGUACAUGUCGUUCCAUAAGCUGCCAGCUGACAUGCGGCAGAAGAUCCACGAGUACUACGAGCAUCGCUUCCAGGGCAAGAUGUUUGACGAGGAGAACAUCCUGGGGGAGCUCAGCGAACCACUCAAGGAGGAGAUUGUGAGCUUCAACUGCCGCAGUCUGGUAGCCAACAUGCCUCUGUUUGCCAACGCGGACCCCAACUUUGUGACGGCGGUCCUGACCAAGCUACGCUUUGAGGUGUUCCAGCCGGCCGACUACAUCAUCCGAGAGGGCACAGUGGGGCGCAAGAUGUACUUCAUCCAGCACGGUCGUGUCAGCGUGCUUGCUCGCGGGAACAAUGACAACAAACUCAGUGACGGCUCAUACUUUGGAGAGAUUUGUCUGCUGACGCGUGGUAGGCGUACAGCGAGUGUGCGUGCAGAUACGUACUGCCGUCUGUACUCUCUGAGUGUGGACAGCUUCAAUGAGGUGCUGGAGGAACACCCCAUGAUGAGGAGGGCAUUCGAAACCGUAGCUGCCGAUAGACUCGAUCGGAUAGGUAAGAAGAACUCCAUGCUCCUGCGUAAGGCCUCCCAGGUGGGCUCCAUGGUGGGUAGCAUGGGCCGUGGUGGCAGCAGCCGCGGAGGUGGAGGAGGAGGAGGCGCGGGUGGCAGCCUGGCAGGCCUGGGCUCCUGCGACUCCGUCCUGGUGCAGCAGAUCGUGAAGCACGACAGCAUGCCCACCAUGCAAGAGAUCACCGGCGGCUCCCAUCCUGGCACCAUCACCGUGCGCCCAGGCAUGAUAGGUGGAGGAGCAGGGCCAGUCGUAGGGGGAGGGGGUGGUGGUGGUGCGGUGUCUCCUCGCCCGCACCCUCUUAUCUGGGCGCCGCUGGUCCACGCGCCCCUGCAAACGGCUGCAGCCACCACCAACGUGGCCAUUGCACUCAUGCACCACCAACAACAGCAGCAGCACCUGCAGCAGCAGAUCCAGCAGACGCAGCAGGCGAUAGCACAGGUGCAGGCCCAGGCCCAGGGGCAAGGGGGACCUAUCUUCCUGCCCUCCCCCCUGCCCAUAUCCCCCUCGCCGUCUGGAUGCCCCCUGUCGCCCCCACGGCCCCCACUCCUGCACCCCCGCCAGUCCCUCAGCUCUCUCAGCUCCCUCAUCGGCCUAUCAGCUGGCUUGUCUCCCAGGGGGGUGGGGCCUGUCGCCAUGACACCCGUCGCCAUGACGCCCUCUCCGUCAUCGGUCGGACCUCCGUCAGCGUCCGCCAUGGGCGUGACAGGGGCCUUGGCAGGAAGCAAUGUGGCUAAGACGCCUACCACACCUGCCUCGUCCGUUUCAACUCCUUUGCAAAGUGGGCGGACCCUUCACUACAGUCUCCGCCUACACGGUGGCGAUCACCCUUACGCCUCAGCCAGUGGCGCCUUAGGAGCGACGACCCCGCCCUUCCACAAACUCUCCCAGCCCCCUCCUCCUGCCCCUUCCUCCUCCUCCUCCUCCUCCUCGACAUCAGCAGCACAGGGGGCAGCCAAGGAGGCGCUGUUGCGGCACAGCACCCAGGGGCUGCCCCAGUUCGCCCUAGGUCGCCUCACCCAGGAGGCUCGCCUACUGUCGGCCUCCCAGCCCACGCUGCUCCUACCCCACCGGGCCUGGGCCUCCAGCACCCCCAGUGGCUCCGGCUCCUCCACCAGUGGCCCCCAGCACUCCUGCCCCCCACCCCUGCAUCGCAAGGCCUCUGGAGGAAACCUGCUAGCCGCCCCUUUCCUGGCAGGGCAGCUGGCCAGGGGGGCCAGUGCUGGGGUGCUCAGUUCUAACACCCCAUUGGUGGUGGGUGGCCAGAUCUUGCCCCCGCCUCUACAGAUGCAGGCACAGAUGCCGCCACUGCCCAUGCAGGUUCACUUGGUGCAGGCGCCCAUGUCUGCCCCUGUGUCACCUGGCAACAAGCAGACGGUCUUGUCCUCGUGCUCCUCGUCCCCUACCUCCACAAUAGCGCGCCCCAAACCCUCCCACACGCCCCCGUCUGGCUCAGCCUCCCCCACACACUCAUUAACCCCUCCUCCCAGUGCUGGUCCCCCCCCUCUUCCCCCCCCCCAUGCUAAGCCUGCUUCUGCUUCUGCUUCUGCCUCUGCUUCUGCCUCUGCCUCAGCAUCCUCCUCCCCGUCUGCCUCUCCCUCCCCCUCCUGCUCCUCUCCCUCCGCCAUCCCCACCCUCAUCCAGAGCUCUCGUUUCAAGCUGUCCCCCACCCCGCUCUCCUUUGCCAGUCCUCCUCCCACCUCCCCCCUGGCCCAGGCCUCCACCCCCUCCCAAACACCCGCCGUCCCCACUCGCACCUCCAGCCAGACCACCAGCGGCCUGUCCUCCUCUCCUCCCUGCCACUCCCCCUCCCCUCGGCCCCCCAGUACUCCCCAGUCUCCCCACACCCCUAGUGCCACUCCAGCCUAUGCAUCCAUGCCCCCACACUCCCCUGCCAUGAAUGUGACCCCCACUAAAGCCUUCACCCCUGCUGCCUCUGUCUCUACCACUGCUGCGUUUGCCAAUGCUGCUACUCCCACUGGCCCGGCAACCAUUCCCUCCGCUGUGACAGCUGCUCCCUCUGCCUUGACAACUGCUACAUCAGUCAAGACAACUACUCCCUCCACCCUAGCAACCACUGCUGCCACCCUAGCAACCUCUCGCUUUAUUGUGACCACCACUCCCUCAACCCUGGCAACCAGCCCUCCGUCUGUGAAGGUAACCACUCCCUCCACCUUAGCGACCACUCCCUCUUCCCUCGCAACUCCUUCCUCCGCUGUAACAACCAUACCUUCUGUUGUAGCAACCUCUCCCUGUACCCCAGCAACCACAACAAGUCCCUCCCCCCGUAGCCCAGCUGCCUCCACUGCCACUUCUGCCGCCCCAGUGUCCCCCAGACUGGGCCGCAAGGAGCCAGAGCUGCCCCAUAGCAAGGCAGACGCCAAGAGCCCCAGAGACAAACUGCCUCAUCAGAUGUGA